AUGAAAAUAAUCAAAAAAAAUGUUAAGUACAUUUUUCUCCAAACGACAAAAAGAAAAAUAAAUGUAGAAAAACAAAAAAAUAAUGAAACCAUUGUAAGCAUUUUAAUUGAUAAACUAAUUAAAAUAAAACAUAAAAAUGAAUUUUAUAAAUGUACAUCAUAUUACCAUUUUUUAUUUAAUAAAUAUGUUAAAUAUCUUUCUAUAAAUGAUUGUUUAAAAUUAUAUUAUUUACAAAAUAAAAAUUCUUCUUAUAUAUACAACACCAGAUUACUUACACAUAUAUGUAGAUAUAUUAAUAAUACAUCAAUUAAUAUUAUUUUAAAUUUUAAAAAUGAAGAUAUUAUAGAUUAUAUAUAUAAUUGUAAUAUAUAUAAAUAUAAGUAUUUUUUUCAAUCAGAAUAUUAUAACUUUAUUUAUAACAUGUUAUUAUUAUGUUCACUCAGGUUUUGUUAUCCUAUUCUUCUUGAAGAACUUUUUUGUAAGAACUAUAAAGAGGAAGAACAGAAAGGAGAGAAAAAUAGAAUAAAUCAAAUAAACAGAACAAACAAAAAUAAUAAAAGAAACAAUAUAAAUGUGAAGUUAAAAAAUUUAUAUAUAUAUUAUAACAAAUUAAAUGAUAUUGAUAUAUCACAAUAUAUUUCUAUGAAAGGAUAUCAUAAAUCAGACUAUUAUAGAGACAAUAAUAUAUUAAACAGAGAUAAUAUCAAUCUAUUUAUAAAAUUAUAUAAAUGUUUUAGUAUAAAUCAUAUAUAUCCAUUUAUCUUCUUAAAUCAAUAUUUAUAUAACCAUUAUAUUGUAUACACACUAAAAAAACAAACACAAAAAUGUAUACAUAAUUUAAUAUCUUCCAAUUUAAGAUCAAGGGAUGAUUUUAAACAAAUAAAUUGCUUGAAUUAUGAUAAAACUAUAGAAUAUCUAAAAAUAGAUUACCUCAUAGAAUUAAUGUUUUAUUUAUCAAAAUGUAAUUUAUAUUUUUAUUAUGAAUCUUUUUUAUGUACUUAUUUUUAUAUCAUCUCUUUAUAUAUCUGUAAAUUGAAGAAUGAUAUAAAUUUAACAAAUUUUAGGGUACCCAAUAUUAAUAAUGGCCAUAAUGAAAAAAAAAAUGAAAAUCAAUAUAUCCUACAUAAUAAUAAUAAUAUGGAUAAUUUCUAUUAUAUAAAUAUCAAUAUUGAUAAUAUGAUUACUAGUUUUAUAAAUUAUCUCUCUUCAUCUUAUACUUACAGAAAUAUUAAAAGAAAUAAUAAUACAACUCCAUCCGUUAUUUUAUGUAUAUAUCUUUGUUUAGGUUUGUUUUCUUUAUUUCCAUAUAUACAUAAUUUAUUCUUUAAUUUAAAUGUUACAUAUAAUAAUUACUCAAAGGAGAGUUUAUCAAAGGACCAAGGAUUUAUUCUUAUAAAUACAAUAGAAGACUUAUAUUUGAAAAAGGCAUCAUUUAUAAAAAAGUGCUUACUUCUUAUAUAUAUUAUAAAUACAAUUAUAAUUCCUCAUAUACAAAAAAAUGUUCUUAUAUUUAAUGAUAAAAAAUAUCAAAGUGUGUUAAAUGAAUAUAUAAACCAUUACAAAAAUAAUAUAAAAGAAAAAAGAAUGGAAACACAAAAUUGUAAUGCUAUAAAUAAUAUAUAUAAUAUAUAUAAAAAUUCAGAUCAACCAAACAAAUAUGGGCACGAACAUUUAUCAUAUUAUUUAAUAAAUAAAAAUAUUAAAUUAUUCAUAUAUCUAUUAUGUUCAAAAAAUAAUAAUAUUUUUAAUUUGAUAAAUUUCUCAUAUCUGAAAUUAUUAUGCAAUCAAAUGAAUUACUAUAUAGAUAAUUGCUUUAUUAAAAAUAACAAAAGUUCUGAAAUUGAAAAAGAUAUAUUUUACAAUUUAAAUGAAUAUAUAACAAAUCGGUAUCCCACCUAUAUAUGUUCAAAUAAUAUUAAUGAACACAUCCCUAUAUUUUUUACAAUAGACAUAAUUAUAUAUAAAAGGAAAACAUAG